CUAUAUUUAGUGGUUUGCCAAGCACGUGCCACGUGCCCCGGCAGAGCUGACAGACCAGAGGGGAUAUGGUAUGGGGGUACAUGGGACCAGUACCCUGUGGCUUAUGCCUCUGUCUUUCCCUCCACUCUAGGCCUGGUCUCCAGGUCUUCUCCUAAGAAACCUCGUGGACGUAACAUCUUCAAGGCCCUUUUCUGCUGUUUUCGUGCCCAGCAUGUUGGCCAGUCAAGCUCCUCCACUGAGCUUGCCACAUACAAGGAGGAAGCCAACACCAUUGCUAAGUCGGAUCUGCUCCAGUGUCUCCAGUACCAGUUUUACCAGAUCCCAGGGACCUGUCUGCUUCCAGAGGUGACAGAGGAAGAUCAAGGAAGAAUCUGUGUGGUCAUUGACUUGGAUGAAACCCUUGUGCACAGCUCCUUUAAGCCGAUCAACAACGCUGACUUCAUAGUGCCUGUGGAGAUCGAGGGGACCACGCACCAGGUGUACGUGCUCAAGAGGCCUUAUGUGGAUGAGUUCCUGAGACGAAUGGGGGAACUCUUUGAAUGCGUUCUCUUCACUGCCAGCCUGGCCAAGUACGCCGACCCUGUGACAGAUCUGCUGGACAGGUGCGGGGUAUUCCGGGCCCGCCUGUUCCGUGAGUCCUGUGUGUUCCACCAAGGGUGUUACGUCAAGGACCUCAGCCGCCUAGGAAGGGACCUGAGGAAAACCCUCAUUCUGGACAACUCACCUGCUUCUUACAUCUUCCACCCAGAGAAUGCUGUGCCCGUGCAGUCUUGGUUUGAUGACAUGGCGGACACUGAGUUGCUGAACCUGAUCCCCAUCUUUGAGGAGCUGAGCGGAGCAGAGGAUGUCUACACCAGCCUUGGGCAGCUGCGGGCCCCUUAGCCUUCCCUGCUGCCAAGCAACGGCCAUCCCAGUAGGGGACUUUCCUACACUGUGCCUUUAUGAUCGGCCUGACAGAGCGGAAGCUGGAGCAUCUCACCAAAUGAGGCCUGGAAACAGAAGUGAUUGGAAAGAGCUUUAGGACAGGUUAGAUGCCAAGUGGGCAGAUAAUCAGACCAGCAUUACCCAGAGCUGCCGGCUCCCCGAGUUGGGUUUCUGAAAUAUAAGAGUGAGAGAGAGACAGAGAGAGAGAGACAGACAGAGAGAGAGUGUGUUUGUGUGUGUGUGUGUGUGUCUGGCCUUGAACUGUGGCCCUGGGCUAUAAGUGUUUCAGGUUGGGGGAGAAGCUGAGUGAUCAAGACUCCCCUAGUCAAUCUGUCUCCUCUCUGGUCACCCUGACCCACUGAGCUCUGUGGGGAUGAAGACUAUUGAAGGCUUCGUUGCCAAACCCACGACCUUUCCUCAGCGUUAUAAGGCUUACGCCAAGGAGAAAGGAAGGGUCAGAGGCUGCCCCGGGUGCCCACUACACACCUUCCUGAAACCUUUCUCCAGCCAGCUGCUGCAGACAAAGAGGAUGUUUCUGGGAAGAUGAAAGCUUGUUUCCAGCCCACAGGGCCGUCAGGUCCUGUGGCCUGAGGGCUUCGCUCGCCUCUGGCCGAGCGCCUGGCACAGGCCCCUUCCGUGUCUCCCCAGGGCUUGGGUGCCGGGCCUGCCUUCCUCAGCACCUGGCCAUAGUCUUGAACCUGUGGGGAAGGAGGUCUUCACCCUGCCCUGGAAGAGGACAGAUAACUGAUUUCCGUUCUUUUGACUCUUUUAAAAGUUCUUUCUAGACAUGGAGUGUUGGGCCUGUUUUGUUUCUGACAGAGCUUCAGUCCUGGGCCCGAGAUGAAUGUGGGAGGCCCUGGGGGUGCAGGGACGCAGAAAAUCCCCAAAGCAUGAAUGUCUGUGUCCCCUCGGCUUACAGAGCAACUGAGCUCGGGACUGCGUCCCUAAGUCUGCUCUUCAGGGAUUCUCUGCUGGUGCUGGUGCGAGGACUUUGCUCUGUGUCCCACCUUCCUGUUUCUCGGACAGGGCUCUUUCUCUUGUGUCUUCCCGCAGGGCCUGGCCUGUGCCGAUCACACUCCUCUUCACCCUUCCUGGCUGUGGCUCUUGCGCUCCGGGGCCUCAGGCGCUCCUGCAUUUCCUGCCGAGGGGAUGGGUGUUCUCACCGUUUAGUUUGCCAGCCUAACGUGCGUGCCUCUUGCCAGUGGUAACAGGUGUGAGUGAGCCCUUCACACACCUGCGCUUUGCGUGUCUCUUUGCUUUCAAAGUUUCUUAAUAGCGAAUGCUUUAAAAAAUAGUCAAAAUGGAUGUUUCCCCAGGAUGGAAAACCGAGGGGAAGCGCUGCUGUAAUUGGGAGCACAAGGGGCCCCCAAGAAGGGAGCCCCACCUCAGCAUCACUGCCUUAACCGUGGCCUCCCCAGGGCUGGGGGGGUUGUCUCCUCCCCGCCUUCCCUCUGGGCAGGAGGGAGUUCCUGUCCCCGUCUCUGCUUUCCCUGGAGGCAGGUGUCACAGAGCAUUUGUAAAUCGCUUCAGGUGCAAGAACACUGCCCACUCAGGACUCAUCCCCGUUACCCUUUUCCAUUUCCACACACGGGGCCAGUCUGAGGAACUCGCCGGCUUCAUGAAAACCAGGUGUUGGACCGGCAGCAGGUUCUGACUGGCUAGCCUCUCUCUCUAGCUUUGUGGUGUCA